GGCGUUGUGGAGGCGGGCGGUCUUGCUUCCCUGACCGGCGAUGGGGAGGGGGAGGAGGUUUCUUUAUAUAUUACCAUUUGGGAGAGGAGGCGAAAUGGCGCCUUCUCGACUCGGCUUCUCCAGGCUCGUCGGUUGCCCAGUUGGGAGUCCAGCUUUCUUGCCUGCCUAAAUUUUCGGUCACGGGCGGCCAGCGCAAUUGGUUAAUCCACCAAGAAGUGGCGCGAGACCCAGACGACCACGCAUCCCGGAAGCUGGAACUGGGCCUGGUCCGCCAACGACGACUUUCCUUUCCCUCCGGCGUCACAUCACCCUCCGCGUUUUGAGACUUUUCCAAAUUGGUGGUUUCUAGGAUACUGAAGUAUAAUAUCCAUCAUCUCCAGCCAACAUUGGGCAUGUCGAUGGCGGAGAGGAGGCAUUGCUGUACAUCCCUAUUUACCUAGGGAAUCCUACCCGUCGCCACGCUUCAGUGGUCCUUUUCUGCAGGGAAACACAACCUGGUGGUAGCCGUUGUAUCAGUUCAAUGAAAUAAUUCCCUCUUCCGAACGUCAGGCACAAUCUUUCCAUUUCUGACAAUUCUUACAAUAUUUAUAACUUCCCUUUUCGUUGUUUGGAGACUAACUUUUUUAACAUUUGUUUCAGUAUCAUUCUUAGUUGUAUCAUCCUAUGCAAAUUUCUGAAAUACUCCUGAUAAUUCCCUCUGUUAUAGUUUCAUUAAAAAUGUUCUUGUCAUCUUUACUUUUAAUUCCCUUGAUACUGAUGGAGGCUCGGUAUUUAGGCUGUGCCAUCCAUUUACAAAACACCUUUUCAACAAAAAUUAAAGCUGCAGCUUUUAUUCUAUCAUUCCUUGUCUGACUACAUUCUUUGGGGUGAUCAGUGUAGACCCUAAUACAAAGUAUUUCAAUUUUUUUGCUACAAUUCUAUUUCUUUUCCACAGUUUCUUUCACUUCAUCAUUGUAGCAAGUCAUCUAAUUUACAUUUCUGCUGGCAUCUAAUACUUUUUAUUAUUGCAGAUUUAUUUUCACUCUAGUUUUGUUCACUUCAUCUUCCAUGUCCAUUUCCCCCCAAGAUUAAUUUUUGGCAGUAUCAAGUACCAUUCUGUCUCAUAUUCAGAACCUGUUAUCAGUUUGGUAUCCAUUUGUUCUAACAGCUUUCAUCAUACUCAUCAACAAUUAAAUAAUAAUUUUAGGUUUAUAGUUAUUCCUCUGCCAAGUUUUAGAAAAAAAUCUUAUUAAAAUUCAAAAAUGAGCAUUAAAAUACAAACUAAUAGAAAAAAAGGAAGGGGGAUAACAGGUCAAGUUAAAAAGUGACAAAAAUAUAUUAAACAAAUACAUAACAGAUGUGACCAACUUUUCUCAUGGAGAUAAUAAUACAAUACAACCUCUUUAAGUUUAAAUGAAUAAUACCAAUGCCAAGUGAUAGAACUGAUUUGUGCUUUAGCCAUAUAUUUGAAACAGACCUUUAUCUAAACUAUUUCACCUUUCUCACUCAUUCUUGGGACUCUGAAAUGAGCCAACCUCUUUUUUGAUAUCCCUUUGUCUUUUUCCCACCAUCCAAUCCUAUAAUUUAAUAAAAAAAAAGUUCUCCUAGAUUGCAUUUAUUCAUAAUGUUGCACAAAUCUCUGAUUCUUCCAUGGAAUGUAACAGGCAACUAUCACCAUGGGUUUCUACUUUCAUAGAUGCCAUUGGUUCAUGCCUUCAGAAAGACAUGUCUGUCAUGCAUUUUUUGCCUUAUGAUUCAUUCCUUUGUUUGCAUGCCAGGCUUUCAGGAAUUCUCUGACUUUUCUGUUUGCAUGGUCAAUUAUUUCUUUGCUUUUCCAAUUGAAUUUGUAACCUGGAUGGCUGUUGAGUACUUCCCAUUUUGGUUCUACAUCGCAGUUAUGGAGUUCUACAUCGCAGUUUUUUGCUGUAGUUGACACCCCAUCUACCCUAGGUAGUGUUGGCUGUAAGCCUGACAGUUGUUCCUAUAUAAAGUGUGUUUGUUCUUUCUUGGGAGGUUAUGCAUUUAUUUAGUUUACACAAGAUUCUUGAGUAUCAUACUCAACCCUUUUUAUCUUGCAUUGUUUUUAUAGUUAAUGUUUUGCCAAGAAAUAUAAAGUAAAUAAUGGUAGCUUGAAAGAAAUUACGAAAAAUAGUGUCAUAGCCUAAUUAAAAUAAGCAGAGACUACUCCAGGCUGUCACCAGGAGUGAAAAACUGACCCAAAGGAUCACAAAUGAAUGCUUGCUUGACUUUUAAUGCUGGAUUCAUACUGAGUUGAUUGUGGAUAUCCAUAACUGAUGAGACCAUGGAGAGUAUUACAAAACUAUUUGGUGACUUGUGUGAGGCUCACAUAGUAUCUAUGUCAACAAAGGUCCAUUUGAGCAAAGGAAAGAGCAGCAAAAAAAUUUCAAGCAAAAGUCUCAAAAAGAUUGCAUAUAAUACUUUGUUUGCUAAUCUUUUCCUGAAUGAAACCCACAAAGUUUCUCAAUCACAUUUUUCUAGACUCCCCGUGAAAAACAAAAUGUUAAUGCUGUCUUUCAAUUUGAGAGUUGCUGGACUUAGCUUAGAAGCCGACAGGCUGGAACAACUUGUAGAGGAAUUAGAACAGUCUACUUGCUUACCAUUUACUGAAAUUACUUCUAUUUUGGAUUUUCUGGUACAGCUUGCAGGAACUGGGCCUCCUCAUUGUUCACCCCUAAAAAAGGAUUAUUUCGUGAAUAACAAAUAUGUAGGAAGAAACACUAAAUAUCAAGGUUAUGAUUAUUAUGAUGUUAGCAUAUUUGAAGCAGACAUGCAGGCUUUUAUUGCAAAUGAAGAACUUCAAUUUAAUGAUACAAUUCAAAAGACCUUGCAAGUUCUGGAAGCAGCACCUGGUACAGGUCUUCCUAUGGUAGAACUGUUUUCACAGAAUUGUUCAAUGGGGGACAGAUAUGAGAGAGAAACUCGGGUCUCGCUCUUUGGUGCUCUCAUUCACAGUCGUACAUAUGAUAUGGACAUCAGGUUGGAUUUGCCACCAGUGCCUGACAAUGCAGAUCUGUCUGGACUUGCAAUCAAGGUUCCCCAAAGUAUUGAUCCUUCUGAAGAUGAAGGAUUCCAAUCAGCAUCCAAUCUCACUCCAGACUCUCAAUCAGAACCCAGCGUAACACCAGAUCUUGAUCUCUGGGAGGCAGCACUUACUUAUGGACCUAGUAAACGAAGGUGCUGGGAAAGAAUUGGAUUUCCACCUGGGAAAAAAGAAGAGCCGUAUCUUUCAGAAGCUGGAAGAGAAGCCUUUGACAAAUUUUGCAGACUUCGAGAACAAGAACUGCAACUUUUCAGCAGUACUAAAUUUCAGUUUCCACAGCGUGUAUUAGUAAAAGAAUCAGAAAUUGUUAAAGAUGUGUUGAAUGUUCUUAUUGGGGUUGUAUCUACUUCUUUCUCAUUUAAUCAGGCAAUUCAGAUAUUUGUAGUGAAAGAAGGCAUUUAUGUAUCUGGAACUUCACCUGAAAGUAUGAACUGUCUAUUGUCAGAAGUGGCUGAAUAUGGAACUUAUUACACACGGCUAAGCCGUUUCUCUCUUCAACCAGUCCUUGACUCGUCAUAUAAAAAAGGGCUUGUAUUUCAGGCAUUCACAAGUGGACUGAGGAAAUAUUUACAGUACUACCGAGCAUGUGUUUUGUCUACUCCCCUGACUUUAGCACUUCUAACAAUCAGCGUUCUCUUCCGAAAACUAGGACGACAGCUAAGGUAUUUAGCUGAACUCUGUGGCUUAGGAGCGGCUGCUGUGGGAGUUGGCGGAGGUACCAGUGCUUCCUUUCCAACUGGAGUUAAACUUCUUUCAUAUCUCUAUCAAGAGACUCUUAAUAACUGCAGCAGUGAGCAUUAUCCAGUUCUCCUGUCACUACUGAAAACAAGCUGUGAACCGUAUACAAGGUUUAUCCAUGACUGGGUAUAUAGUGGUGUAUUCAGAGAUGUGUAUGGUGAAUUCAUGAUUCAGGUGAAUGAAGAUUAUCUUGGCUUUAGAGACAAGCAUUAUUGGACCAAUGGAUAUGUUUUGAUUUCUAAAGAAGUAGAGGAUUGUGUUCCUGUAUUCUUGAAACAUAUUGCUAAUGAUGUAUAUAUUUGUGGGAAAACCAUAAACUUACUGAAGCUGUGUUGUCCCAGGCAUUACAUAUGCUGGUCUGAUAUUCCUGUUCCUCGGAUUUCUGUAACGUUCUCUCUUGAUGAGUUAAAAGAGAUUGAGAAAGACUGUGCAGUCUACGUAGGUCGAAUGGAAAGAAUUGCUCGCUAUAGUAACAUCACCAAGGAAGAAAAGGUUUUGCGCAUGGAAAUUGAGAAACAGGAGUUAAUUGUUCAUGCUCGAGAAACAGCUAGCAAAGCUCUCAAAGCCAUUACUGAUCAACAGAUAUCAGAAAAAAUGGCACUGGAUGUAAAAAAACGUGAACAAUUUCAGAAGUUGAAAGAACAAUUUGUAAAAGAUCAAGAGCGUCGAUGUGCUCUGAAACAGGAAGAAAUUGAUGAUGAUUUUAGUUAUGCUCGGGAGCUCAGAGAGAGGGAGAAGAGACUGAAAGCUUUAGAAGAAGAUUUAGAGAAAAGAGCAAGACAAGAGUUAAUUGACUAUUAUACUAAGCUGUCUGAAGAUGCAGCUCGUAGAGAAAAAAAAGCUUUAUGGAAAAUUCAGAGGCAUAAACUGGAAACAGCCCGUCUCAAUUUUCUGUUAAAAGAUCAAAAAAAUAUUGAGGACAUGCUUGAAAAACUUCCCGGUGGAAAGUACAGGAAAAAAGUAAAUAUAAUUCCAGAACACCAAAGUCAACAGGUUAUGCUGGCAAUAGAGCAAGAGAGAGAGGCUAAUCUUCAGGUAACUUCUUUAGAGUCUGACGAUCAAAAGAUUAUGGACAUGGGGAGAGAUACAAAAUCUGAACUGACAAAUUACAUUUCAAAUGAUCAGUCAUUGGAAUUAACACAGCCCCUAAAUGUGCAGCCUACAGAUUGGUCUGAAUCUGAAGAAGCAGAAGUUGCUGCUCAAACUGCCUCCGGUGAUCAGAUGGCAACUCUUUCAAAAGGUAUGUCUGAACUUGGUCUGAAUUUUGAAGAUUUUUUGCCAAAACCUCAGGAAGAAAUACUCCAAACAACACAGCAGACAAACCUGUUGGAUGAAGCUUUGGAAAGUAUCAAUUCAGAUCUUUCCUUAAGUGAUCAAAGAAAGGAAAGUAAUUCUCUGCCAAAAGAGGCUACAGAAGGAGAAACAGUCUUGCAUGCUUCUCUGCAUAAUGAAUAUGAUUUUAACACUGUUCUCAGGCCUUCGGUUUCACAAAGCCACAUUCAGGUUGGUGAAAAUGUUUUCAAUGUUGAAAGCAGGAGACCUCGGUGGAACAUUCAUGGCCACAUAUCUGAUGCAAGUAUUAAAAUAGGGGGCUACAUUCCUCAUAUUGAACUCUCCCAACCACAUUCAAAUCCACAUGGGCAUUCCUCAGAUGCACACAUCAAGGUUGGAGAAUAUGCUUCUGAAGAACAGCCUCGCCGGCCUCGCUGGAACAUCCAUGGGCAUGUUUCCAUAGCUCAUAUUCCUGUUGGAGAAUAUGCCUCUGAGGUAGAGCUCUCGAGACCCAGGUGGAAUAUUCAUGGUCAUGCUUCAGAUGCUCAUAUAAAGAUUGGUGAAUAUGUGCCAAAGGUCGAAGCCACAAGAAGUCGAUGGAACACUGAGGGGGGUAUUUUGGAUGCCAAUAUCUAUACUGGGGAAAAUGUUUCCAAAGGUCUAUCUUCUCGUCCUCAGUGGAAUGUCCACGGGCAUGCCUCUGAGUCACAUUUUAAAGUUGGAGAGCUGGUUGCUGAGUCUGAGAGUUCAAAGCCUCGAUGGAGCGCCUUUGGUCAUGUAUCGCAGUCAAGUAUUCAACUGGGGGAAUGGACUCCUUCAACUGACAGUGAUCCAAUACCUCAUCUUAAAGCAGGUUUUGGUCCUGCAUCAAGUUGUACAGUACAGACAUUCCUAUACAAUGGGAGAUUCUCUGAUGAGAAAGCAGAAGAACAAGAAGCAACGCCACCUGGCCUUGAGUUGGCUAACUUGGAUAAAAAGCAUGAAGAAAGCUUCGGGGAAGAAGAGCAGGAUGGGGAUGUAGUGGUCCUCCGAGAUGAUAUUGAAGGUCUUCAGCCUUUCCUGGUAGAAGAACCUGAAAAAUCAACCUCAUUAAGUGUUGUGACUCAGCAAACUUCUGUCUCUGAGGUCAUUGUGCCUGAAAACCAGGAAGGAGGUAGCACCAGUGUUGCUGUAUGGAAGAAAGAAGAAGAUUACCUGCAAACCUUAUCUAAUCAAUAUUGCCUGGAAAAAUAUCAGGAUCAAUAUGAAUUUAUGUCCGAGCUUCCAGUUUCCCAUCUCUUACAUCACAUGAUCCCCAGAUCCUACACUUUCCCUGCGGAUCCCUCAAUACAACCGGCAACAGACGAAACAGCUGUACAACUAAGUGAGCUCUUAUCGCUUCCAGUGCUGAUGAAACGGUCAAUCACUACCCCUUUAGUUUCUCAUGUUUCCCUUGUUAACAAAGCCAUUGUGGAUUAUUAUUUUGUGGAAUUGAAUGUUGAGAAACAUUUUGAAGCAUUGAGGCAUUUUUUGUUAAUGGAAGAUGGAGAAUUUGCUCAAUCACUAAGCGAUUUGCUUUUUGAAAAGCUGGGAUCAGGACAGACACCUGGUGAACUUCUGAAUCCAUUAGUCCUCAAUUCCAUCUUGAAUAAGGCACUUCAGUAUAGCCUUCAUGGAGACAGUCACUUGGCUUCUAACCUCUCUUUUGCACUGAAAUACCUCCCAGACAUGUUCAAACCCAAUGCUCCUGAUGCCCUAACCUGCUUGGAUCUACGAUACAAGGUUGACUGGCCCUUAAAUAUUGUAAUUACUGAGAACUGUAUGAAUAAAUAUAACAAGAUAUUCUCCUUCCUGCUACAGCUGAAACAUAUGGUAUGGACUCUUAAAGAUGUCUGGUUCCACUUAAAGCGAACUGCAUUAGUAAAACAUGCAUCGAACUCAGUCCAGUUUCGACAACUCCAGCUUUAUAAGCAUGAAAUGCAGCAUUUUGUUAAAGUUAUUCAAGGUUAUAUUGCCAAUCAGAUUUUGCAUGUCACUUGGUGUGAAUUUGGAAAUAAAUUGUCUUCUGUGGGGAAUUUGGAGGAAAUUUACAGAACCCAUGCAGAAUAUCUCAACAAAGCAAUUUUCCGGGGAUUAUUGACUGAAAAGGCAGCCCCUGUGAUGAAUAUAAUUCACAGCAUCUUUAGCCUCAUUUUAAAGUUCCGUAACCAGUUAAUCUCUCAGUCGUGGAAUUUUGAUAGCAGCAAACAAGUGGCUGUUCACCCUAACUUUGGAUUAAUGCAGCAGUCCUAUAAUACAUUCAAAUAUUACUCUCAUUUUCUGUUCAACGUAGUAACAAAGCUUGUCAACAGAGGUUACCAGCCUCACCUGGAAGAUUUCUUACUACGAAUUAACUUUAACAACUAUUACAAAGAUAAUUGAGCUUUUACAAUAGACUACUGGUCUUCUUCUACAAGGAACCUAGGCCAUUUGAAAGCUGCUGACCUCAGAAACUUUGAAGAGUUUGCACUGAAAACAUGGCAAAGAAUGGUUCCACUGAUACAACAAGAUGCUCCAUUUUCCUCACAUGCAUGGCACUGGUUCAUACUGUCUUCUCAGUUCACAGAAGCAUGUUUCCCAUGUUGGUCUGAUAUAUCAAAGUGUGCAUAGAUGUAAAUUUGUUAAUGUGUAAAUUCUUCCUUUAGCAUUGUCAAAGCUUCUCAUGUAAAUGUGUAAUAAAGAGCAAAGCAUAAAUUUAUUAUUUUGUAAUCAAUAUGCAGAUGUUCAAAGUAAAAAAAAACUUAUAUUCCUGAAAAUUACCUCUUUGUCGAUAAAUUUAAUACGUACACAA